AUGUCUGCCGUCGAAUACAACAGCCUGAUCUUCGAAAUAAGCCAGAGGCUAGAUGAACUGAAUGUGGGAAGGAAGUUGAUCGUUAUGUGUAGAGGGAAGGUGGCGCCUGGAAGCGAAGGAAACAUUCAAGAUGCUUUCUCGUUGUUCGUAGAACUGGAAGGAAAACGAUUUCUAGGACCUGAUAAUCUGGAUGUGUUGAAAGACCUGUUAAAAGGUGUUAAGGAAUGGGUCCUUUUGGAAGAAGCUGAAAAAUUUGAGAGCAAAAGAAAAGAAUACGACGUCCUACUUAAGAAGAUCAUUCGAGUACUCGACGAGCUAAAUGAUGUGGAACGGCUCGUUUCAAUUUGCAGAGAAAAGAUACCGCCAGAAAGGCAAGGCAACAUUCCUGAUGUACGAUCAUUGUUUAAGGAGCUGGAAAUCAACAACUGUCUGGGAAUUAACCGUCUUGGCAUCUUGAAAGAGAUUUUGGCCCAGACAGAGAAAAGCGAUCUGUUAACUACCGUUAAGGACUUUGAGGAGCGCAGAACUCGGGAAGAUAAGUUUGAAAGGCGAAAAGGUAUGCACCGUGCAUUGAAUGUCUUUUGUGAUUAUUUUCAUUUCGUUGUUUGUAUGAGUUUUUCAGUCUUAUGACAGUCCAUCGUCCAUAAUUUUAAGACUGACUUCGACCCACCUCGAUGGCGUUUGUGUAUAUGCGAUUUAAAACCUUACUUGAACUGUUUUUUUUUGUAGCACGAGCAGCUGCUAUUGUUUCGGCGGCCAGGGAUAAUUUGACUGGAGGUAAGAUUUAGUACAGUUAAAUCAACGAUUACAAACAUAUGAAAUGUAGUAUUGUAGUAUUGUCUGGGGUAAUUGCGGCAAAACGCUCUCUGAAAGAUUACAAAAACUGCGGAAUCGUGCUGCUCGCAUUUUGACUUUCUCCUGCUAUGAUGAUAACGCUCGCUACUUGUUACAACAACUUGGUUGGAAAGACCUGAUCACCCAGCGUCAAAUUCAAGUAGCUUUAAUGGUGUUCAAAGCUCUUAAUGAUCUGGCUCCUGACUAUUUAUCCUCUAUGUUUACUGAGCGCAGUGCGUCAGGCUAUGUCUUAAGGGACUCUACGAACAAAUUAAAUGUCCCUUUACCAAGAACCAACUACCUAAAAAGGAGCUUUAGCUAUAGAGGUGCAACUCUCUGGAACAGUCUGCCCUGCAAUCUUAGGCAAGAGAAAUCUCUAAGUCGUUUUAAGCAAUUGUUAAACUUUAAUGUCUUAUUGGUGCUUAAUUGCUUCUAUGUAACAUAUUCUUCACUUUUCACUACAAUCUAACUUCAACCUCUCUUCUCCUUUUGAUUUUCCCUUUAUCUGGUAGCCUCAUGAUCAAACAGUCUAAGCAACUUUCUACUGCCGUUGUCGUGUAUGUUCAGAUAACCUUAAGAAUUUUCUUAUCUUUGUGUAGUUUUGACUAUCAAGACUGUUUUCAAAGGGAUUGCAGGAGGUAUUGUCAUUGCUUCCGCCUUUGAACUCCUGAGACGUGGUUCCACAUAUGAGCAGCUGGUCACUGCCAUAAAUGACUGUCUUCUUCCUGCUGGUGCUAAACUGAUACAAAUAGCUGAAGGCAGUGUGAAUCUCAAAGUUCAGGCAGAGAAUCGUUUAGCUCUUGACAGUUUAUGGCGAAUGUACAAGAAUGGCACACUGAAAGCCCGCCUGGAAGCCUUGUUUGUCACAGAUGAAAUGAGAGAAGUUGCUGGUGGAGAAGGAGUGGAAAUUAUUGUGACCAUCGACGAACAAGAAUAUGAGAGAGCUCGAGACGAGUUAANGCGUGAAUCUCAAAGUUCAGGCAGAGAAUCGUUUAGCUCUUGACAGUUUAUGGCGAAUGUACAAGAAUGGCACACUGAAAGCCCGCGUGGAAGCCUUGUUUGUCACAGAUGAAAUGAGAGAAGUUGCUGGUGGAGAAGGAGUGGAAAUUAUUGUGACCAUCGACGAACAAGAAUAUGAGAGAGCUCGAGACGAGUUAAGUACUCAGGCAAGAGGUAAGAAAAUUGUCACCGCGAUGACUCCCCACUUUAAAAAAAGAACACAAUAGUAAAAUGGGCUUUGGUGAAAAGGUGAUAUCUUUCUUUCUUACUUCUUUCUGAAUUUUGCGUGCGAUUGCUAAAGCUACAAUCGGCGACAAAAUUGUUGAGACAUUGUACUCAAAUAGGGUAACUUCAGAGAACAAAAGAAUCCACACCACUCUCCCCUCCCCUCCAUUCAAGGUUGAGGUGUUUGUUGUUUUCUGUAGGUUGCUCGAACAGCGGCACAACAUUGUGUGAAGGGGGCGGGGGAUGAAAAGGUUUAUUUUCCCCUUUUGAAGUCAGAGAAACGUCAGGAAGCCCCUUUACGGCAAUAGUUUCUCAACUAAUUUUGUCGCCGAUUUAGUUCGAAGCACACAGUACCCAUCUCCUUCUAUCCCCGGGCAUUUGCCGGAAAUUUGUCCUUUUUUCCUCUGCAAAUACCCCUCAUUACAGCCAGUCGAUUUAUACAAAUAUCUUUCCGUGGAACUUAAAAAAUAUGAACAUACGUCCCACCCCGGGCUCGGGGAACAAAGCAAAAGUUAUGCCAUUUCUUUUAAAAUCACAAAUCUGCGAAUAAAGUCAAUGAUUGAAUGAAACAGCAUGAAACUCGCAAGCAACCGAGUGCUUAAUAAAAAUACAUUGUAGUAUAGAAUAUAUGUUCGCGAGUUUUCCCGACAUUAUCGGGGUGCACCGCAAAGAAUUGAAGAACGGCUUGACUUUCCAAGAUUUUACCGAGAGACACGUCGCGUAAUUGAACCUUUCUCGAAAGCACCAGUCAUCUAAUAAGAUAAACUUUCCUGUGGUUGAUUUCUUCUUUAAUCCGAAAGAAGAGGACUAGAUCAUUCAUCGUUUUUGGUAUUCUUAGUCAACUUCACUUUAUCAUUCAAUUUUUUAGUUCUUUACUGACUUUAUGUGACUUCGUUCACCUACCAUUUCAUUUAUAUAUAAUUGUGUAUAUUUUCACUACCAUUUUGGCUUCAGAUGAUCCUUUAGGCAAAGAAGAAAAGCGGCCUAAAUACCUCGAUCAGGAGAAAUACGACUACAUUCAGAAUUAUUUAGAACAAGCCAGAGAAGAAACCAAGGAUGGCGAUUCACACAGCGUAACGACAGACACAAGUGACAGUGGAAUGCUGGGAUCAAAUAGUGCAUCAUCUGAAGUUGGGACAGAGGACACCAGCGGUAAGCAUAUACUUUGA